AUGAAAGCCCUCGUCUAUCAAGGGAAGAAUAAAUGCGAUCUCCAGGACCGUCCAAUACCGACGAUCCAGUCACCAACCGACGCCGUGGUCAAGAUGCUGCAUACAACCAUCUGCGGUACUGACCUUCACAUUCUGAAGGGAGAUGUUCCCACCGCUGAGCCGGGCCUAGUGCUCGGUCAUGAAGGCAUGGGAAGCAUAGAGAAAUUGGGGUCUGCCGUGACUGAUCUCUUCGUUGGCGACCUCGUUCUCGUCUCCUGCAUAACCGCAUGCGGGGUGUGCUCCUCGUGCCGUCAAGGCCUCACCUCCCACUGCACCAGCGGUGGAUGGGCAUUAGGAAAUGUCAUUGACGGCACGCAGGCGGAGUAUGUCCGCAUCCCUCAUGCUGCGUCUUCACUGUAUAAGCUCCCCACAAACAUCGAUGCGCGCGCUGCCGUUGCGUUCUCUGAUGCCCUGCCCACGGGCUAUGAGUGCGGAACAAUCAACGCCAAUGUGCAGCCUGGAGGGAGAGUUGCCAUUGUUGGUGCUGGGCCGGUGGGUCUAUCGGUAUUGCUGACCGCGAAGCUGUAUACUCCAUCCCUGAUCGUCGUCAUUGACAAAGAUGAUAAACGGCUCGCACAUGCAACAAGACUAGGUGCCGAUCAGACGGUCAACCCUACGGACAAGGAGGCCAUGGAGACGUUGGACACGCUGUCGGGUGAGCAUGGAUUCGAUUCAGUUAUUGAAGCUGUCGGAUACCCCGAGACAUUCGAGCUGUGCCAGAGGCUUGUUGCCCCGGGGGGAUCGAUUGCGAAUGUUGGUGUACAUGGGCAACAGGCUCAGUUGGCGCUUGAUCGACUCUGGGAUCAUAACAUCACUAUACGCACCCGAUUAGUCGAUACCGGCACGAUUCCAACUCUGCUGAGACUUUAUAACUCGCAAAAGAUAAACCCUUCCCAGCUGUUGACGCACAGCUAUGAUUUCUCGGAUAUCACUCAGGCAUACGAGAGCUUCGAAAAGCCAUCUGGUGGAGAGUUGAAAGUUCAUAUCAAAUUCUAG